UUGCCUGUCACCAGUCCCUACAUUCUGAGGUCCCUACUAAUGACAUGAUAUAUGACAUGGCGCUAAUAUCGUUAAAUUACUACAAUACCUUAAACUUCAAUUUAUUAUGUCACUGACUGGAUAAUUUAUUAGUAAUUAUAUUUAUUCGUAUAUUCUUGUGGAAAGAAGUCUGGUUUUGUAAGAAUUAUGGCUACUGGCUCUGGUAUCGAUGAAACCAAAAUUAAAAGGGAAGUUGUAUAUUUAAUAGACAAAGUUUCCCCAAUCAAUAUGGUUAAACUCGAAACUGAAAUGGUCCAUGAACUUGAAGGUUCUAACAGUGAAAUGGAAUAUAAGGAUUACAAAUGCGAUACCUACAUAUCUGAUGAAAGUGAUACCCUCGAGGGAAAUUCAUCGAAUAAUACAAGUGCAAGUGUUCUAGAACAACUUGAAGGUGAUGAUCCGAUUGAUGUUCUUCGCCAUGAUAUUAAAUCUGAAAAGUUCGAGGAAGAAGAUUUAACAGGUUCAUAUUGUGAGGUGUGUAACGAUUUUCGAAUCCCACUGGAUUGCUUUACUCCCGAAGGUUUUAAAUUCAAUUAUAAUUGUCAAUGUCUCAAGGAUCCUAAUGCAUUAGCAGUUGACGACAUGAAUUUGGACGUAAAACCUGUUUUAACUCCAGAUUCUGAAAUCAACCUUUACGUAAAACAGGAAGAGGCAAUCGUUGAGAAGGAAGAGGAGGUUAACAAUGAGAGUACAUCCUCGCCAUGUCAAAAUGAGUUUGCUAUUGAAAAAUAUUCUCUUGUCCCAGAGAAACCAGAAAACAAAUUUCAUUGUAAAAUCUGCCCAAAAUCUUUCAGUCUAAAUAGUGGUUUGAGAAGGCAUGAAAAAACUCAUUCUGGGGAAAAACCCUUUCAAUGUCAAGUCUGCUUGAAAUUUUUCGCUCACAGUCGUAAUUUAAUGAUCCAUGAAAGAAGUCAUUCUGACCAAAAACCAUUCCAGUGUGAAAUUUGCCUUAAAUCAUUUAAUCAAAGAGUCCAUUUGAAAUUACAUGAAUUAAAUCACACUGGGGAAAAACCAUUCAAGUGUAAAAUCUGUUUUAAGUCAUUUAAUCAGAAUAGUAGUUUGAAAAUCCAUUCAAAUAUUCAUACUGGACAAAAACCAUUUCAAUGUAAUUUGUGCCCAAAAUCUUUCACUCAGAGUACUUCUUUGAGAUACCAUGAAAAGAUCCAUAGGGGUGAGAAACCAUUUCAGUGUGAAAUCUGCCAAAAAGCAUUUAUUCGAAGUAGUGAUUUGAAAGCACAUGAAAGAACUCACACCGGUGAGAGACCAUUUCAAUGUAGAAUCUGCCUAAGCUUGUUUAUGCGAAAUUGUGAUUUGAAUUCACAUGAAAAAACUCAUACUGAUGAAAAACCAUAUCAGUGUAAAGUCUGCUUAAGGUCAUUUACUCGAAGUAAUGAUUUGAAGACUCAUGAAAAAAUUCAUACUGGAGAGAAACCAUUUGAGUGUAACAUUUGCUCAAAAGCAUUUAUUCGAAAUAGUGAUUUGAAAUUGCAUGAAAAAACUCAUAAUCGAAAAAAAUCAAUUCGUUCAAAGAAUACAUCUAAAAUUACGAGAAAAAACACAAGGUAAUACCAUUUUACUGUUAUGUUUGAAUACAUAUAUGAAUUGUAAAAUGAGACAUUUGAAGGUAGACUGUACAUAAUUGAAACCUAAAUCAGCUUGUAUUGUCCAUAAAAUUGCUAAACAAAUCAGUAUGUUAAGACAAGACAUUGUUUCUAUCCACUAAUGAGCAUUACAACUUGUCAACAAUGACAUUUUAAGUAUAUUAACAAAAAUGAUAUGAUUCAGAUAAAAAUACCACCAAUUCUGUUAUUCUGAUUUCAGUUUUUUACAAUUCAAAAUGCUCUGAGUAAAAAUGACAAAAUAUUUCAUGAAACUAAUGAAAUUUCAACUACUGUAGUAGAAGAAUUAGGCAAAGUACAGGUUACGGAAUGAAUACUUUCAUUGAUAAAGAAUGGAUCAAAAAAUGCACUUAACUAAAGUAUCACCCCAUCAGGUUAUGUGAAAUGUACUGUAUCUCAUAAAUAAGUUAAUCUCAGGAAGGGUAUUUAUUGGACUUGAAUAUGAAUUUUCGUCUUCAGGUUUGGACCAUUGAAAAUCUAAAGUUUUUCAAAAUGUUGCUUGCUGUUGGAAGGUGAAAAUUUUCAAAAAUUAUUUAAAAAAAAUUGAGUUUCAAGUCAUCGUCUAUUUCAAGAGAGAUGUUGUUGGUAUGAAUAUUUGCAAAUGGUUUUAUUCACUCUGUUAUAUUCAGUAAAUUUUUAUUUGUUUGUGUUGAUUACAAACAGUUGCUAUGAAACAAUAGAACAACUUUUGGAGUUUUGAUGAACUGUUAUUGUUACUUAGUUACUGAAUACAUUUAUUGUGCCAAAUUUCGGAAAAAUAAUUAUUCAAAUAAAGAAUCAACGAGUGGUGUAUUUAUGAAUCCAAACUCUGCUCUUCAAUACCUUGCACUGACGAGUG